AUGCGCGCUUCAAUACUCGUCGCUGCUCUCCCGGCGCUUGCCCUCGCCGAGGAACAGGUCCCGCUCGUCGAUAAAAUCAAGGGAUUUUGGAGCAAGGCGACCGCAGCGGUCUCAUCGGCAGUUCCCGCCGUGCCUUCGCCGUUAGAUGCCGGGGCAGCGAAGGCGGCAGAGCAGAUACAACAUGAGCUCACGCUCGACACCUGGAGAGACGUGUUGACAGUGGAUCCCACGGCCAGCGCGCCCACCACCCAGGACUGGCUCGUCUAUAUCACGGGCGGAAACACGACGUGCUAUGGCCUCUGCGGCAAUACGACCAAGGCGUGGAACACUUCACUUCCUCUCCUCGCCGCGCGACCCAACCCUCCUAAAUUCGCCGUCGUUGACUGCGAUAAGGAAGCUAUCCUCUGCAACUCGUGGUCCGUUGGGCCUCCAUCGCUCUACUACUUCCAGAUUCCCAAGCCGCUGGCUGACCAAUCCGCUCCUGCGCCCACCGUUCGCUUUAUUCCGCUGAACCGCACCUCCACCACCGUGGAUACCUUCAAGAAACUUGUCCUUGACGGAGAGUAUGAGAAGCGCGCACCGUAUGAGGGUGCAUGGCACCCGUUCAGCGGCUGGCUGCAGGAGUACCAUUUGGCUAUCCCGGUUGCUUGGGUUCUCUGGGGCUUCUCUAAGAUGCCAUCGUGGCUUCCCAUGAUCCUUAUCUCUUUCAUGAGCAGGUCUUUUAUGUAG